CAUCUGUACAAUGUGCGGCUAAAUCAAAAUCUCUUUGCCGGCACAGAGACUCACUGCUACUCUUUCCCAUUUCUAAAGUUUCGAGUCUUCUUUCAUGUCUGAUCGCCACUGUCGCAGAAAUCAGCUACACGAACUAGCUUCUUUAUCCUAGUCAUGUCAUUUACAGUCACUUUAUCAUGUCCUUUUUCCUUCUCUCAAACACCCCACCACCGGCACCGACGAAGAACUCACCACUUCCAAUCUCGUCCCGAAUCGACCAUCCGAUUUUUCUCUCUCUUAAAGCUCAUCCUCCUUUUCUUCUUCUGCUUCCUCAAGCUUCUAGGAGGAUUUCUAGAUUGAAUAGUAAUAAUGGCAAUCUCGUAGAUGAUCCUCGGAAUUGGAGUCGAUCAAUUAACAAUGAAUUUUUGGUUGAUGAUGAUGAAGAUGAGGAUGAAGAUGAAGAUAGGAGUUUGGAUCUGUUGGUUAGGUUCAUUCAAAAUGUUUUCAAGAAGGUAUCUAAACGAGCCAGGAAGGCGUUGUGUCGGUCUUGCCUGCUUCCAUCUCCACCGAAUUGGUGGGGUUUUCCGUAAAUGGGGUCCUAAUGCUUGCACUUUUGUGGGUUUUUAAGGCAUUUCUUUAGUAUAUAAGGCCACAAUUCUUCUACAACAAUCCCUUACUUUCUUUCAUCCAAUAUAUUAUUGGACCUUAUACAGAUGACCUUGGAAAUGUAUUGCCUUAUGCAGUGGAGGGUGUGGGGGUUCCUGUUGAUCCCCUUGCUUUUGCUGGACUUUCAGGGCAUUGAGUGUUUGAUCUAUGGAGACCUUUCCAUUUCUUUGGAUUAUCUGUCUGUUAUCCGGAGAAUUAAUUUGGGGUGGGUUUGCUCAAUUGGUGCACUGCAAUGCAGCUGAGAGAGAGGCUCUUCUUGACCUCAAAAUGGGUCUUAAUGAUUCCUGGAAUCGGCUCUCCUCAUGGCAUGGAACCAAUUGCUGUCAAUGGUCAGGAAUAGCUUGUGACAAUACAACUGGUGCUGUUCUCGCAGUUGAUCUCCCAAACUCUUCAGGUCGUCAGCCAUUAGGUGGGGAGAUUAGACCUUCACUCGCAAAACUUAAGUCCUUGAAAUACCUGGAUUUAAGUGGGAACAAAUUCAGUGGUAAAAUUCCUCAUUUCUUUUCCUCUUUAGAGAACUUGCAAUAUUUGAACUUGUCAUUUGCUGGGUUUAGUGGCGCAAUUCCUCCAAAUCUUGGAAACCUCUCUAGCUUGCAAUUUCUUGAUGUCUCUUCAUUUAGUUCAAAUGUUGAUAAUCUUGAAUGGGUGAGUGGUCUUGUCUCACUAAAGUAUUUGAAUAUGUAUUCUGUAGACCUUUCAAAGGUAGGAGGAGAAUGGAUUGAGCCAUUGAACAAGCUUCCUCUUUUAUCUGAGUUGCACUUAGAAUUCUGUGUUUUAUCUGGUUUCAUAUAUUCUAUUUCUUCUGUUAAUUUUACUUCCCUUAAAGUCCUAAAACUUCGAGACAACUCCUUCAAGGCCAACUUACCGAAUUGGUUUGUGAACAUUAGCAGCCUUGUAUCUGUUGACAUCAGAAAUGGCAUGUUGACUGGAAGGAUUCCACUGGGUUUUGGUGAAUUACCAAAUUUGCAGUCAUUGAAGCUUAAUUAUAAUGUCGAACUCUCAGCAAGCUGCUUCCAACUAUUUUCAAGAAGCUGGAAAAAGAUACAAGUUCUUGAUUUAUCUAUCACUGAGCUACAUGGUAGACUUCCUGCUCUUCUUGGAAAUAUGACAUCUCUCAUUCAAUUUGAUUUACACUUCAAUUAUAUUGAGGGUGGCAUUCCAAGCUCCAUUGGUAAGCUUUCUAAUUUGCAGUAUAUUGACUUGUCGUUAAACAACUUGACCGGAAGUUUACCAGAUUCAAUUGGCCAGCUCAAGAAUCUUGUCGAGCUUCGGUUGAACAAUAACUUGCUUCAAGGUUCCAUUCCUUCUUCUAUUGGAAACUUACAGCGUUUGACUACCCUCACGCUUGCGUCAAAUAAGCUAAAUGGUACUCUGCCUGAUAGCAUUGGACUGCUCUCUGAGUUGUCUUCCCUUGAUGUUUCUCUCAAUAAAUUGACAGGUGUUAUUUCAGAAGCACAUUUUCAUAGUCUGGGGAAACUGGAGAACAUUAGUUUAUCAGAAAAUUCUUUCAUUUUGAAUGUAAGCUCCAAUUGGGUCCCUCCUUUCCAAGUCAUUGCCUUGGAGAUGGGUUCAUGCCAUCUAGGUAUGUCCUUCCCUUCUUGGCUUAAAUCUCAAAAACAGGUCCACGUUUUAGAUUUCUCAGGGGCUGGUAUUUCCGGUUCUAUCCCAAAUUGGUUCUGGGACAUGACUAGCAGUCUAGCCAUUUUGAAUGUUUCUUUCAAUAGUUUAGAGGGUCAUAUACCAAAUCCAUUCAAUAUAAUUUCCUAUGCAACUGUUGAUUUGAGCUUCAACCAAUUCAAAGGACCCAUUCCUCUUCCAAAUGUCAUCUUACUAGAUCUUUCUAAUAACCAGUUUUCCGGUAGUAUACCAGAAAAUAUUGGUCAAGUGAUGUCAGUGUUGUCAUUUCUUUCACUUUCUGGUAACAAGUUGACUGGUGCAAUCCCAGCCUCAAUUGGAGAGAUAUCGCUCGAUGUCCUUGAUCUUUCAAAAAAUAACUUGGCAGGAAGCAUUCCUUCAAACAUAGGAAAUUGUUCUUCUCUUACUGUUCUAGACCUUCAAAAAAACAAUUUGUCCGGUGAGAUUCCAAACUCUAUAGGUCAGAUAACUGGGCUUCAAACACUUCACUUGAGCAACAACCAACUCUCAGGAAAAAUUCCAUCAUCUCUUCAGAAUUUGUCAAAGUUGGAAACCUUAGACUUCGGAAACAACAUGUUGACAGGAAACUUACCACGAUGGAUUGGAGAAGCUCUUCCGCAUCUCAGGAUACUUAGUCUCAGGUCAAAUAAAUUUUCUGGAGAACUUCCCUUGGCACUUUCAAAUUCGAGUUCCCUGCAAAUUUUGGAUCUGGCAGAAAACCAAUUAAAUGGUUCCAUUCCUGCUAACUUGAGCAAUCUCAAAGCCAUGACUCAACAGCAGAACGUUAACCAUUAUUUGCUUUAUGGAACUCUUUUUGACCAUCACAAUUACCAAGAGAACAUAUAUGUGACCAUAAAUGGCCUUGGAUUAACGUACACUAGGACUCUUUCCCUGCUAACCAGCAUAGAUAUGUCUGGAAACAAUUUAAGUGGAGAACUUCCUGAAGCAAUAACAAAAUUAGUUGGUUUGGAAGUUUUGAAUCUAUCAAGAAACCACAUCAGUGGCCAGAUUCCUAAGAGCAUUUCGGAAUUGCGUCAGUUGUUAUCUCUUGAUCUCUCAGGCAAUAGGCUUUCAGGUCCUAUUCCCCAAAGCAUAUCUUCAUUGACAUUUCUGGGGAAUUUGAAUGUGUCAAACAAUAACUUGUCAGGAAUAAUACCUUCUACAAAUCAGAUGUCAACUUUUAAUGCAUCCUCUUUCGCUGGGAACCCUGGUCUUUGUGGAGAUCCUCUUACGGUGAAGUGUUCUAAUGAUUCAAACAAUGGAGGUGACAAUUAUCCAGAUGGUGGAGGGAAAGCAGAUCAGACUGACAAUGGCAAUGGCUUCAUUGAUAAAUGGUUUUAUAUGAGCAUUGGGGUGGGAUUUGCAGCAGGUUUAUUGCUUCCUUACUUAGUUUUUGCAAUGAAAAGGUCUUGGGGUGGAGUAUACUUUGCAUUUGUGGACGGAACUGCUUAUAGAUUGUCAAGUGAGAAAAUGAAAGCAGCUGCAAGAAGAAGAAAUCGGGGCGUUCGUUGA